AUGAAAUAUUCUAUUAAGAAAGGGCAUCUUAAUGUUGAAGUUGGAAAACUUCUAAUAGUCUUACAGAAAAAUCAUUCAUGUAGUAUAAAAUCCGAGAUGGUAUGGGCUAUUGGUUAUCAGAUUAAAAAUUCGUUUGUUAACGAUUCCGAGAAAUUUGUAGAUGAAGAUUUAGUCGAUAAAAUCAAUAGUGUCAUAGAAGGAACAGAAUAUAAUCUCAACAUUGAAGCAAUAAGAUUUUUGUACGAGCAAAGACAAAUACAAAAAUUUUUAAGUCAUAGAAACUAUCGGCAAAUAAAUCAUAAGAAAAAUCAAGCAUUAAUAAAUUAUAAUAAAAAAACACCACAAAUAGUAAUUACGAAAAAUCAGCAAACAGUUAAAAUUAAAUACAAAAGUAAUCAGUCAGAAGAAUCAGUUGGUAGAUUAAAAUCGAUUGAUAUUUUUAAGAAUUCAAAUAAGAAAACAAAAGUUAGUUCUACUAGAGAAAAUUAUCCAAUCAUAUCUGACGAAGAUGGAACCGAUAAAUCUCCUUUUCGAACAACCUAUCGAGAAGUCGUAUAUCUCUACGAAAGAGUCAAAAAUGGCCAAGCAUUAAAAAGACAAGAUAAAGAUGAAUACUUACCGUCAAAAUUUCUAGGAUCAGAAAAAAAGUGGUUUUGCGAUAGUUGCAUUAAAGUACUACUUACAGAUCGAAUGAUUGCUUACAUAUUUUAUGAAAUUUCUAAAAAACAGAUAUUACAAGAUAAUGUUAUUGAUCUCCUAAUGAAUUGCGUAGAUACUCUCGAUCAUUUGGAAAAAAGAAUUUUAGGUAAAACUACGGAAAAAGAGAAAAUCUUAAAAGAAAUUUUAAUGAAAAAUCAAAGCAUAAAAAACGAUCAUUCUAAAAGUAAUGAAAUGAAAGCUAAAUUGACUCUUAGAAAUGAACCUGAUGUGUUUAUAAAUUUAGCAUGUAAAAUCUACGAUGAAUCGAUUACGAAUCAUGAACGAAUUGCAGAAACGAUUACAUCUGAAAUACAGAAAAUAAGAUUACACGCAAUUUCAACUAUAUAUAUUUGUUCAUCCAGAAAUAAGAAUGUAUUGAACAAUGAACGUUUGAACCAAAUUCAACGUCAUCAAACUGAUAAUGAUAUUGACUUUAAAAAAAUUAUAAUAAAAAUAUUAGGAACUUUAGCAGAUUGUGAUAAUAUUGAUUAUAAGAAAUUUUUUACAACUUGUUUAGAACAUAUCGAGAAAAAUAUUAUUGUAGAAGAUUCAAUAUCAUAUAUCUAUCAACAGAGUAUAGAUGAGGCAAGAUGUCAAGAAUUAUUUAAUGAAAAUAUUAUCUGCAGAAUAAUUGAUUUAUUAGAGAACAUAUAUUUAAGUGAACAGACAAAAAUACACAUUUGUACGAUAAUUAAUAAUUAUCUUGAACAUAGUUCUAGUAAAACUUUGAAUGAGAAUCAAUUACAAAUAUUUGCUCAUGUAUUAAAUAAUUUGCUUUAUAAUUUUGAAUUAAAAAUCGAAGCAUUACGAUCAAUAAUAUUGACUGCUGUUAAAAAUCAACAUUUACCAGAUUUUAUUAUUCAAACUCUAAUUAAAAAUAUUGACAAAGGUGAUAAUAAACUUUAUAGUCUUGCAGUUGUAGCAUUAGAUAUUGUUUCUCAAAGACAGAUUAUACCCGAUGUAGAUAAGUUGUCAACUAAACUAUUAGUUGAUUGGGUAAUAGUGAACGAAGGAGCUGAUAUUACAUGCGAAAAAAUAUCCAGCGAUAAUGCAGAUUGUCAAUCAAUUUCAUCUUUAGUAGCUGGAAUCUUUGUAAAUACUUUAAAAAAAAAUGUAAUGAUUAAUGAUCGAACUCUAGAGUAUCUUACAAAAGCACUAUAUAGUAUUGAUAAGCAGACAUGUAUUUUAUCAGCAAAAUCACUAUAUUUAGCGUCAGAAACUCAUGAACUUGGAAAUAAUGUUUUAAUUGAACUGAAAGAACACAUAGAUAAUAAAAUAUAUGAUGUUGCUGUCUAUUCAACUGUUGCAUAUACCCGAGGUCUAGUGAAAUUAUACUUUAAAGAAGGGUCUAUUAUGAAAAUUCAUAUGGAAUCUUUACCAAAAAUUUAUGCAUUUGAUGAUUUACAAUUAGAUGAAGAAACCUUUAGUGAUACAGUAAAUAACAAUAUCUUAUCUCUUUUGCUUAAUUUAUCUAAACAUAAUCUAUUCGAUGAUCAUAUAUUUGUAAUAUUUAAUCAUAUUUUAUCGUUUGAAAGUUCUAAUCAAGUUGUAGCAAUUAAAAUACUUUAUAACUAUUCAGCAAAUAAACAUUCGAUUCCACAAGAUACAAUUUUAGCAUUAGAAAAUGCGAUUGAUAUAUCUGAAAUUUCUCAUGAAGUUACAAAAGUAUUGAGUAACGUAAUUAAAAAUCGACAACUUGUUAAUGAAAAAUUUUUACGUCAUCUCGCUGAUAAUCUUUAUUUAUCGAACGAUGAUCAAUUAAGAAAAGAAUCAUUUAAGCUGUUGGAUAUAGUCAAUGAUAAUCAAGAUAUAUCUGAUGAAUUUUUUUAUAUAUUAGAAUUAGAAAGGGCUAUUCAUAUUAUUAAUUCUUUUCCAUUAGACAGAAAUGAUGCUAUGUCUUACCUAUACGAACUAACAGAACAAAAUCAAAAAAUAACACUUAGCGGAUNUCAGAUCAAGUAUUAUCGAUAUUUGUCUGUUAUUCUUUCAUUGAUUCAAAACAAAGAUUAUUUAAAAAAAAAAUUUUUAAAUUCUCUUUUUACAUUUUUUACACGAUUUUCAACUAAUGAUAUUAGCUUAGUUUCACGUAUUCAAUCAGUUUUGAUCCAUAUAUUAAAAGGAAAUAAUCAAAAUGUGAUUCGUACAAGUCUUUAUGGAUUGAAAAUACUUAUGACAUUUCACAAAGUUAAACUAAAUCAGAAAAGUAUAGAUAUAUUAUUAGAUUUAGCAGGAAAUACUAUUUGUGAUGAAACUAUGAAAAAUGAUAUUAAUAUAAUAUUAAAUAUAUCGAAAUUAGAUAAUAGUCAGCAAUGUGGAAUGAAAUUAUUAAGAUUAAAGUAUAAAUCGAAUGAUGAAUUACUCGAAGCGUUAGCAAAAUUUUCUAAACCAAAAUUAUUUCAACAAAACUUUGAUCAAUUGAAUAAUAUUAUCAAUAAUUCCUCAGAACUAAAUGAAAAAGUAUUGAAAAUUUUACUUGAAUGUUCGAAUAAAGACAAAAUAACGGAUACAUUAUUAUAUAGUAUUACUUUUUUAAUGAAUAGUACGAACUCGAAAGAAAUGAGAUCAUUAUGUAGAAACUUAAUAAUUGAAACAAUUAGAGCAGGAAAAAUAGUUUCAAAUAAAAUCAUAUCUUGUAUUGUUACUCAAAAUGAUAUAUUAAAAUUGAUUGCUAAAAAACAACCGAUUCCAGAAAAAUUUCAACGUCAUUUAAAUUUAUUUACACGUAUUGAUAGUACAUAUAAUAUUGAACUAAAAGAUUUUAGUGAAUUUCUAGAAAAUAUUCGACAUGAGUUUAAUCAAGAUUAUAAAUUAUCUGAUCUUUCGAUGUCAAAAUUGCUUUCUAUUCAAAUUACUAAUAAUGAAUAUGAUAUCUACAUGAAGUUAGAACAAGAAUUGUUUCAUAUAUUUGUGUUAAUCUUAAAACAUAAUCCGACGUAUUCUUCACAACUAUCGAUUGUAGAUAGAUUAGAAAAAGCAAUUUUAUCUGAAAAUAUUAAUAAAAAUAUUCUCAUGACCUAUCAAGAAAUUAUUAAAAUGAAACAGUGUCAAACAAAUAAUUUAUCAAAAAUCUUAGAUAGUUUAGUAGAUUCAUUAGAUGGUAACAAAUUUCUAAAUUUCGAAGUUGAAUUACUGACAUGUGUUGCUCUGAUAUCUGAAGUUAUGGGUAUAUCAAAGAAUGAGACUUUAGCAAAGUAUCUUUCAAAUGAUAAUGAUGGAAUAAGAACUCAAACAAACCACGAUAUUCAUGAAAAUAUUUUAAUCGAAUUACAAGAGUAUGUAAAUGAUGAAGUACCCGAUGUUUUAGUAUAUUCAACAGUUGUUUAUGCGAAAGGUCUAGCUAAAUUAUCAUUGACUGAAAAGCCUAUUAUGGAAUGUCAUUUUAGGCUUUUGCCGAAAAAUUAUGUUUUUGAAGAUUUGGUUUUAAAUGAAGAAAACUUUACUGGUGUAGUGAAUAAAAAUGUUUUAGAUGUUUUACUUAAUGAGUGUAAAAAGACUGAAUUCAAUGAUGAUAUAUUCAGUAUUUUCGAUCGUAUUUUAAGUUCUGAAAGUCCUAAUCAAGAUAGAGUGAUUCAAAUCAUCGAUCAUUAUACAGAAAUGAAGUAUCUUCUACCACAAAAAACAAUUUAUUUACUAGAUUCUUUUAUGGAAUUUCCUCAAUAUACUGAUCAGAUUUUGAAAAUAUUUAAGAAAUUAAUAAGAAAUAAACAAACAGUUGGUGAAAGAAUUCUCCACAUUUUCGCCGAUAAUUUGUAUUUACCCGAUAAUGACAAAUUACAAGAGUCAUUUGAUUUACUAGAUACAGCCAAAAAAAAUCAAUAUGUAUCUGAUAAAAUAGAUGACAUCAUCGAGCUAGAAAGAAUCUGUAUUUCAAAUGCAUUGCUAUCGUUCGAUGAUCACGAUUUUCUUAUAGCCUUGUUAUGCGACAAGACAAUAGAUCGUGAGAAAUUGACAGGCAGUGUUUGGAUAGUACUAAAUAGAAUAAGCGAUAGUCAAACGGAAUUAAAAGAAAAUAUUCUAUUGCUUUUACUCAACAUUUCAAAUAAUAAAGAAUUUAUACAUGAUGAAACAGUUAACAGAUUAAAACAAUCAAAAUGUUUCGGAGGAACUUUCGAAGAAAUUAAACGAAGCGUUUGA